AUGUCUGAAAACGGCCCCUCCAGUGGGGCUGCAGCGCCCACACCAGCAGACACUCCAAAAAACAAAUCGAGGUCCGCUCCGUUAGGCAGCAGGAGGCGCGCUGCGCGAAAGCUGAAUCAAGACAAAACGAGGUUUGAAGAGAGGACGGGGCAGUGUAUGGUUGCCGCGUCAGCAGAAGAUAACACGCGGCGCGCUAUUGAACGCGGCAGCCUCACCGUCGUAGAGAGAACGCUGGAGGAAACGAAGGAGGAGUUGGUCAAAAGUAGAAAAAUGCGGAAGAGAGCCAGACAGGCUAGCUGCAGCAUGGCGAUGGAGUCAGCGCGCGAGAAAGACGAGGAGCUUAAGUGGGAGUGGGCACGGAGACAGCAGGCCGAGCAAAAGAACCAACAGGCUAAGCGAGAGAAGGAGGCGGCGGCGGCGGGACGGCGCCAGGCGGAAGAGAGAGUCCGCGCCAUGUCGAGGGAGCUGACCGGUCUAAAAGACUCGGUGAAAUCGCUCCGCAAUACCAACGCCACCCUCUUGGAGGAUGCCGGGAUACCAAUCGUCGCCGACGAUCCGCACCCGGAGAAGGACAGCACCCGCAGCCUCGAGGACGAACUCUUGCUGCUCGGGUGUGGCAUGAGGCAUGUGGUCUAGCGUGGGACCGCGAAAAGGUGUUGUGCUGUGUCCCACAGCAGGGCACAUCACAGCACACACACGAGCGGCGCCCUCGCGCGUGCGCGUCAGGUGUUUUUAGGGAGCUUUCGGACCGUUCCGUGCAAUUUUAUUGGUCAGUCGAUUUUCCAUCAGGAUGAUCCGAGGUCAUUUUUCAAUUUUU